UCUGUUCUGAAUGCCCCUUUGUCUAAUCUCCACUUGUGACCCCUGUUAUGGAGACUUUUGGCGAUAUCACCUGAUUGCACAAUGUUAAAUACAAAUAUUUUAAUUAUCUUUCAAUCCUAAGAUUCUGGGUGAUUUUGGCAAAAAACAUUUGUCGUGGAGGUUCAUCAUCAAGUUCCUUAUAAGUUGAGGACUGCAUCUUCUAACGGAGGAGCAAAGAAGAGUGGGGGGGGGGGGGGGGGGGCUGCCUGUGCCUCUCUCUACCUUCCCCUAUCCACGCAGCAAUUUCCCUUUGCUGUGUUGCACUUCCAAAACAGCACAAUCGCGUCCUGCGUCACAUGACCGCCGCGGUAUAGACAAGAGAGGGGAAACGAGCACUGACCACAGAAUAAAUGACAACACUGCCUUAGCAACAGGUGGAAGGAAGCUGCAACUUUCAUCUAAGAAAUUAACAUUAACUUCUGCAGAAGAAGACGUUCUCGCGAACUUUGCCGUUGGUUUGAGAAAGACCUGUCUUCUUAAUAGUUCCUCUUAAAGGGUUCCUGUUUUUGGAUUUCCUGUUCCUGUUUCCAGACAUUUUUCUUUGUUGUGCUCUUCGGAACGCCAUCUUGAACAGCUGUCAAAACAGGUUUGAGAAUGGAUCAAAACUUUGACGACUUUCUGAAUGAAGCAUUUACUACUGAUGCAUUUCUGAACACAGAUGAUGUGUAUGACAGAUCAAGCCUGGAUGAGGAAUAUGAUUUCCAAAGCCGUCCAUCGUUUAUGGAUCAAGUGAAGGAGACUGAAAACGAUGCAGGUCCUGCAGGAGCCGAGGGGCAAACGCAAGACGAGACGGGAGAUCCAGCCGGCGCUAAUCGACAGGAGACUGAGCUGUUCAGGGAUAAAGAAAUCACAGAAGCUGAAGGAGAAAGUGGAGGAGAGGAAGACUUCCGAAGGGAAGAUGCAAGUCCGGGUCUCCCGGAAGAAGAUUAUGUUGAGGAUCAUCUGGAGAAGAAUAGCCAUGCUCCAGUUGUUGUUUCAGAAGAAGGGGGGCUAGGGGAAGAUUAUAAGGAACAAGCUGAGGAAGAUUUAGGAGCAGUACAGGGUGCAGGAAGUUUAUCAGGGGAGGAGGAGGACUUAGAAGUUAGUGGAAAUGACAAGAAAGGUCGAGGUCAUUUUGAAAGUGCUUUAGAAGCAUUAAGAAGAGAAGAUGGACAGGGAGAGAGCUCAGAUGAAGACCAAGGUGUGUGUCUGGAUGAGGAAACGUGGGAAAGAAUCUCCAAGGACCAGUUUUCAAGGACGGAAGGAGGUUGGGAUGUUAAUUUACCGAGCAGUAAAGAAGAAGGGGAGGUACUGAAUGUUGUCCAAUAUGAAAGUGGUGGUCCCGAUACUGACGAGGACAUGGGUGUUGAAGAUGAAGAUCUAGUUGGUCACGUUUUGGAUGUGCACCUAGAAGAGGGAGAAGGCUUGCAGGUCAGAUCUGAGGAAGACCUGGAAGAAACUCACCAAGAAGUGGCACAGCGGCUUUUUGCCAACUGGGGGGGGUCGGGAACAGAGGACUUAGUGAAUUACCACCUAGACGAUGACAGCCUGAAGGUCAUACCUGAAGAUCUUGAACCAGACUCUUUGAAAGACCUAGAUGGGAUAGAUCAAGUAGAAGAAGAAGAAGAAGAAGAAGAAAGAAGAAGAAGAAGAAGAAGAAGAAGAAGAAGAGAAUGAUUUGGAUGUUGAGGAGCAUGUAGACUGGCAACACAUUUUGGAAGCCCACCUAAAAGAAGAGGAUCUGAUAGUGACAUCUGAGGAAGUCCUUGAAGAGCCGUACCAAGAAGGAAUGCAGCACAGACAAGAAGAAGAAGAAGAAGAAGAAGAAGAAGAAGAAGAAGAAGAAGAAGAAGAAGAAGAAGAGAGCUUUAAUGCAGAGACUUUGUCAAAGUGGGAUAAAACCGGAAUGGAGCUUUCUAUAAGGGAAUCAGAGAGUAGAAACCUGGGAAAUGAAAGUCCACCACCAGGCCGGUUUGACGGAGCAGAUGGAGAGCCAGAGCUGCACGGAAGUGAAGAGUUGUGUACAGAUGAAUCAACGACCAAAGAGUUGAACCUCUCGGCCGAUGAACUGCCAUUGAAAGGAGUGGAGUUUUCAAUGAAGGAAGUAUCAAAAGAUCUUCCCUACAAUGAGUCUCAAGCGAUACCGGAGAAGUACACUGAAUGCCUAACUAAGGAAGAGAAGAAACCGGACUGUCUAAAAGUGGAGAUCCAAGUCAUUAGCUGCAGUGAUGAAGAAACCGAAAGUCCUGAGUCUGAGAGCCUGGAGCUGACAACAGCUGAGGAACAAGGAGGAGACGAGCAGGAGAUUGAGAUUGAGGACGUGGAGAACUCGGACGAUGAGGAUUCAGUUCCGACAGAGUCCGAGGGUGGAGUUCUGGAGAACUUCACAGAAGAUCCCCACUGUCCCACGGUGUUCGUCCGUGGGCCGGCAGGACCUUUGGGGCUACAAGAAGACAUUAUGAGGGUCACAGGUGGUGAGGGCAACAGCGGUCAGAAGAAGGAAGAUCUAGAAGGAUCAGGAAUUGUGGAAUCUUACCAGUUGUACGAUGAAAUGCUGACAAGUCAGGAGAACGCAGGGAUGUGGAGCCAGAAACGAGGUAAGCACCGAACUGUGAAUUGAGAUACAGAUGCAUUCACGUCUACAACAAAACUGACGUCUUAAUAAAUAAACGAUCUAAGGAGUUCGUAAUACCCACUGAAGGCUGCAUUUGAGGUGGACUGGGGGUUGACGACCAAGAUCAUUAGUGUCAGGAAGUGGAAAUCCGAAUCCAUCAGUCUUGUUUUCAAAGGGCAUUCUUCCCAUGCAUUGAAAUGAGGAAAUAUAUUUUGCAUAACAUAGUCGAUGUAUGUGAGACUAUCUACUAGCUGACGUGUGUGUGUGUGUGUGUGUGUGUUCGUUUU